ACACCUUCCCAGUUUCCACCCUGUAAGCAGAGCAUGGAUUCCACAAACUUCAUUCAAAUUGUGUUUAUAAUUAUCGGAAUUGUCACCUUUCUUCCUGGGUUAAUACUAAACUAUGCUGAUAAAUACAUUCCUAGCUUCGUUUUGAGAUGUUUUCGCUACGGAAGGGCGAAUGUGUCACAGAAAGAUAAAGAAUACGGUUGGCUGAAGAAAAUUGAAGUUCCCAAAAAGUGGUUUUAUCAUGUGUACAUAUACGCAAUAUGUAUUCAAUCCGUCAUUGUUUAUACCGUUUUAACAACGUACUGGAAUGGUGGAUCCAAGUCGUGGCUCACAUAUGUACUGGAGAAAGUUGGUGGCAAUGCUCGUGCAGAAACAGUUAACUCUACUAUCACAGUUUUGGCAGUGAUAAUUUUCUUCAUUCAACUUUCUAGACGCUUAUACGAAACGUGUUUUGUUUGCGUAUACUCUAAUACAAAGAUGAAUGUCGUGCACUAUUUUUUGACAUAUGUGCACUACACUGGCUGCAUGUUGACGAUACCGGCCUAUAGUCCUGUUUUUUCUAGCGACUCUCCUACAAAGAGUGAUUUGACUUUGCGGAGGACUGACAUCAGUGCAUUGCAAUACGUGGCAAUGGUCAUCUUCCUUUAUGGUUCUUGGGUCCAGUACCAGGCACAUGUAGGCUUAGCGAGUUUACGUAAGGGUAAAGAGAAUAAGGUGGUCACGCUGAAACACCAGAUUCCACGUGGAGGUCAUUUCGACACAAUCUCAUGUCCAAAUUACUGGGGAGAGAUUUUGGUUUACUCUGCUAUUGCGAUACUAUUCCAGCUGCAAAAUUAUACGUGGAAUUUUAUUGCGUUGUGGGUUAUUGCAAAUCAGAUCACAACAGGCGUUAUGAAUCAUCGUUGGUAUCAGUCUACGUUCAAAGAUUAUCCGAAGAACAGGAAGGCAGUUAUCCCAUUUAUAUGGUAAUUCAGAGUCAUUACUUUAAUCAGAGAAGUGGAGAGAAGAAUAUGCAACAAUACAAUACUGGAGAAACCUCAUAUUUAUUGCAACGAAUAAGCUCAUAAUCACUCAGGGAGGAAUGUGGUAUCCAUUUUAGCGACUUAACAAAAUCCAAAGAAUUGUACAUUAUAUUUUACAAAAAUAUCUUUAUAUGGUGAUCUCGGAACGCUAUCCGAAUCAAGUAGAGGUUUUCCCCACACAGCAUCGGGCUCUAUUCCAUAAACCAAAAUUUCAGUGUCUAUUUUGUUAUAUUCUGUAGUUUGUCACAAUAUGAUAUAAAAAUUGUUGAAUGAAAUAACUACAUGAAAUAAAUAUCAUUCUUUAUAUUUA